AUGUCUACAAAUCUACUAUUCUGCAAAUCAGAAGUGUUUGCGCUUGCUCACCAAAAUUCGAACGAAAGGAAGAAGGGUAUUUUGCUAAUUACAAGAGAUCCGCAACAACCAGUUGAAGAUUCGACUGUUACGUGGGUGGAUACAGAAGAACUCAGUAACCAUCACCUGGCGUUCUUGCAGUCUGCAGAACUUAAAUUAUCGAUAAGCCCUGGUGCUAGCCUUCAAUUGACCAAAGAUGUUGUUUUGCAGGCCAUGUAUUCCCCGUUGUCAUUUUCUCUUAAGUUGUCCUACAUUAUCUCCCUAAAAUUUAUCCCACCUGACCCUAAUGGAUGGUACCAGGGAUCUGUUACUAUAAAGAGCAAAAACGAUAUUGACGACAUACCUAUACUAUUUUUCAAUGACAGUGCAUGCCCUUCAACAAAAGAUAAAGCAAAACAGUUAAUCAACUCAUUCCAGCCCUUUGAGACUGCUUCUAAUGUAUAUUGGGGUGGUGCCGAUUUCAGGGACUUGAUAUGUCUUCUUGUUGAUAUGAGGCCUACAAAAAAUGAUUCUUCAGUUUAUCUAAUUAAUGCUACGCCUGAGGAGUUACUUACGUUUAGCAUGCAAACACCUAAGGUGGUAUCCUCUUUGAGGAGUGGCAUGGGAGAGGGGUCUGAAACUAAUGUGUGGAAUAGUUUUCAGAACUAUCGAUGGUCCGCCAUGAGCAUGGUAGCCUCGGCAACUACAAAAGUUUCGACAUUGGUCGGUACUAUGGUCAGAAAGCAUCCUUUGGUUCAAUUGGCUGAAAGAAACAGUAACAAUCCUUAUGUGAGAAAGAUGUUAGAUAAUCCUCGCGUGCAGGAUGUACAACGUGAAUUCGAUUCCGCUAAAAUUUACUUAGCAAAGUGGUCACUUGGAGUUAAAGAACAAGCAGAAAAAUAUCGACUAAAUGAUACGGCAAACGAUAACUAUCGGAGGAUAUUGGUAAAUGAGUUUGGGACCGAGGGCGAUUUUGAAGUCACAGAGAAAAUGUUAGACGACGCUUUAAAAAAGAGGCAUCCAGUCACAGAAGAUGAGUGGUUAUCUUUUUUUGAUCAACGGGGUAGAUUAUUUAUGAGUGAGAGAGAAAUUAAAUCACGUAUUUUCCAUGGUGGAGUGGAGUCCAUGUCGUUGCGUAGGCAAGUCUGGCCAUUUUUAUUGGGUGUAUAUUCUUGGGGUUCUUCAUACGAAGAACGUGUUAGUGUUAUGAAAGAACUGCAUGUAUCUUAUCAAAAGUAUAAGACUUUAGCACUAGAACGAACGCCCCUGGAAAAUGAAGCGGAAACUGCCUAUUGGAGUGAUCAAAUAUUUCGAAUUGAAAAAGAUGUUAAGCGUAACGACAGAAAUUUGGAUUUGUUCAGAUACAAUACAAAAACUGGUGCUCCUCCUAACAAAGCAGGAACGUCAAAAGAUUCACCAGAUAAGAACUCUUCAGAUGACAAAGAAGAGGCUGAUGGAAACUGGGAAAUCAAGAAUCCCCAUUUGAAAAUUCUUCGGGACAUAUUGAUAUGCUAUAACCUUUACAAUAGUCGCUUGGGCUAUGUACAAGGUAUGACGGAUCUACUUUCUCCACUUUAUUGUGUUUUGCAAGAUGAAGAGAUGACAUUUUGGUGCUUUGUUAAAUUCAUGGAUCGUAUGGAACGUAACUUUCUAAGGGAUCAGUCUGGCAUCCGAGACCAAAUGCUUACAAUAUCUGAAUUAUGUCAAUUACUCCUUCCUAAAUUUAACGAACACUUAGGCAAUUGUGAUUCAUCGAACUUCUUUUUUUGCUUUAGGAUGUUGCUAGUAUGGUUCAAACGAGAAUUUGAAUUCGAAGGUAUUUGCAAUAUAUGGGAGAUCUUUUGGACUAAUUUUUAUUCAUCUCAAUUCCAAAUUUUCUUUCUUUUAGCCAUAUUUCAGAAGAACAGUAGACCGGUGAUGUAUCAUUUAACACAAUUUGACGAAGUGCUAAAAUAUUUUAAUGAAUUAAAGGGAGCUAUGAAUUGGAAUGAUUUGAUGGUGCGUGCGGAAUUAUUGUUCAUUCACUUUAAAAAAACUGUUGCCGUAUUUGAUAGGGAUGCUGAGCUUCACCAUAGAAGCAGUGCUGGCACUACAGGAUACCAGAAAAAUAUUACUGCAAAGGAGAAGAAAGAAUUUACGAAAAAUGUUAUUAGCGAAAACCUCAGGCUGUUACUUUCAACUAAGUUAAUAGUUCAAAUAGAGGAAACCAAGACUGGGAAUUCUUUAAGAUAA